GGUCAGGCACGUUCUCUCGUAGACCAGUGAGACUCAACCAGGAAGUAUGGCCACAACUCAUGUUUUUGGAUACUACUGCGAGUAAUAAAACCCCAAAGACAUUACUUUAAAUUGUAUAAGUCAGUCUGUUAUGUCUGCCCAAUAUGGAGGACUGUUUUCUUGUCUCACGACACGUCUAUAGCUGUUUUAAUGAGCUUCUUUUCAACGAUUUGUAAGUGUCCUCAAGUUGCUCCAGUGUGUUAUCAGCGUGUGGGUAAAGUUCACCUGCAUUGCUAACAACAUGGAGGUAGAGGAGGUCGAGAGAACUUGCUGUGUUGUAAAAGUUUUUGAGGAGUUUUCGGUAAAGAAAGCUGUAAGCUGCAGCGGAGUCAUCGUCCAUCCUCAGACUGGAACUGUGAUCUGCACCGGACUCCCGUUUUCUCGUUUAAUUAACAACAAAGGCCCUCUCUCCAAAGACCACCGGUUUCUAUCUCCACAAAGCUUCAGUGACAAACUCAAAAUCCGAGUCAGCUAUUUUACAGAACGAUAUGUGGACACCAGCCAGUCUGCACAUGGAAAAGCAUUGUCACCCUCCAGAAACAAAACAACACAACAACAGGAAGUUACAGCUGAGCUGCUGAUGCUGGUGAACUGCCUGGAGUUCAGACAGGCUUUCCAGGCUGUUUUCCAAGAGGGUGACCAGUGGCGAUUCCAUGCUGAUGAAGAGGACGAGGAGCUGAUCAGAGAUGCACAGUUCCUCAGCUGGUUUGCUGUACUCAAGGCAAGUGAUAUGGCACACAGCAAACAAAGUUCAAGUACUGUCCCUUGGCAGAACAGCUCAUCUCUACAGAAAGGAUGCCCUGUGGUUGCAUGUGGCUCGCCUUUUGGCUCCCUCUGCUUGGAUCUCUUCAUCAGCACUCUCAGCAGAGGUAUCAUCAGCAACCUUGCAGGAGAGGACAACGCUAUCAUCCUUACAGAUGCCCGAUGUUUGCCAGGCACAGAGGGAGGAGGGUUGUUUGUAUCGAAAGGUAUGAAUGACAUGCGUCUCGUUGGACUCAUCGUGUCUCCAUUUGGUUGGAAGGCGAACGAGUGGAUAGGCCUCACUCUUGUCUGCUCAGUCAGCUUGAUCUUUAAGAAUCUCAUCCGCUGCUUGAGCGUUCAAGACCCACUCCGAGAUGUUUGGCUCCACGGUGGGGAAGAAGGCCUUCACAUGUCUCUUGCAGCCCAUGAGUCAAAAGCUGUGAAAUACCCCACUGUGUGCCUUGUAGAUAGUGGACAGUUCUGGGGCUCAGGGGUUGUCGUCAGCUCUCGGCUGGUUGUGACCUGCAGACAUGUCGUUGACGGGAAGUCAACAGUCAACCUGAAGUUUCAUCGCAAGGACAGAGUCCAUGAUAUGGUGGGAGACGUCCUGUUUUCCACUAAAGCAUCCUCCCCCUAUGAUUUGGCUCUGGUGCAGAUGAGAGACUCCAUCAUGAAGGCUGUGAUCCCCCAAAUGGCUCAGAGUUUUAAUCCAGGUGACCCUGUAGUUGUGGUGGGAUAUGGAGGUUUAGGUCGGAGAAGCGGUCCGUCCCUGACCUGUGGUAUCCUCUCCAAAGCCAUUUUAUUGAAUGACCAACCGGUCAUGCUUCAGACUACUUGUGCAGUACAAGCUGGGACCAGCGGGGGCGCUGUGAUACGAAGACGCUCAGGAGAGCUGCUGGGUAUAGUGUCCAGCAACACUAGGGACAUUGCUGCCAAAGUGACCUACCCACACCUCAACUUCAGCAUCCCGGUGACUGUUUUCCAGCAGCUUCUAGAGCAAUUUAACCAGACAAGAGAUGUUGAUGUGCUGAGAGAGCUGGACACCACAGAAAAUGAAGUCAGAAGAGUGUGGAGGCUACAGGCUGCUCCAAGCAAACUCUAACAGAGAGAUAUGAUAGAGACAAAUAAUGGAUGGUGUUAUUGCAAAAUCAAGUCAGAUAAUUUUAUGUAUACCCUUUUAAAGAUAAGUGUUAUUUUCUAAUAUAUGGUAAUAUGUUUCAUACCUCACUUUGUUACAGAAACAAACACCAGGAUAAAGAGCUAGGGGAGUAAAGGUAACAGAAAGCAGAAUCUUUAAUACUUAAUGUUGACACUCAGAAUCAUGCAGUAAACACAGUGAAAUAUUUAUAAGAUCACUUGAUGUUAACGGAAAGUUAAAGUUGCUUUGUAACUGUUUUCCUCCUUUUUAUGAAGUGUAAUUCACAAUAAUGCCAUUAAAACUAAUGAUACUGAUUUUUUUGCUGAUA